AUGGGAGCCGGGUCCCUACGCCAAAGGAGACUUCACCCGGACUCCUACGGGAGCCGGGUCCCUACGCCAAAGGAGACUUCACCUGGACUCCUACGGGAGCCGGGUUCCACCGCCAAAGAAGGUUUCACCCGGACUCCUACGGGAGCCGGGUCCCGCCGCAAAGAAGGCUUCACCCGGACUCCUACGGGAGCCGGGUCCCGCCGCAAAGAGGACUUCACCCGGACUCCUACGGGAGCCAGGUCCCGCCGCAAAGAGGACUUCACCCAGACUCCUACGGGAGCCGGGUCCCGCCGUAAAGAAGGCUUCACCCGGACUCCUACAGGAGCCGGGUCCCAUCGCAAAGAAGGUUUCACCCGGACUCCUACGGAAGUCGGAUUCCUACGACAAGGAAGACUUCGCCCGGACUCCCACGGAAGCUGGGCUCCGUCAGCCACUCCUGCAGCAGGGGUUAAUAAUGGCGGCGAAACCCGGCCACACGACAAGGACGGAUGA